CUUUCAAGUAGGCUCUUGAAAUAUACUCUUUUAACAUUAUGACAAGUUUGUUUUAUAUUCUUCUAUUCACCAAAAUUUUAAAAAGUUUUCUUUGAGCACCAGUAACGGGUUGACCACCUAUCGCAUUAUGUUCCUGGUUCGGGCCAUGAUCGGAUUGCCGAUUUUGAAGGCGGAGACGCAGCUGCAGCACCGACGCCAAAUGUCGGAAAGGCUUCCCUAUCAUCGGAGACCCGUGCCUGUAAAGCUUCGUGAGCGACAGGACUCUUGGACAGAUCCAAAGAGACCACCAUUUUUGCUGGUGAAGAGCUUCCUGAACUUACGCCAUAUGGACGCCGACAACGGGAAGAAUAUUUCGCGAGUUACGGAAGAGCUAAGUUUCCAGCCACACCGCACUCUCUUCAUUAAUGUCUUGCAGAUUUCGCAUCGUGGCUUUUCGGAGGCAGAGAGUUUGGCGGAGAUGAUGGUCAAAAAUCCAUUAGUUCCGAACUCGGUUCCAGAGUCGUGAAUGUUGGUACUCCGAGUUGAGUCGAAAAUAAUGUCUUCUUAGUUUCUUAGAAUAAAUGUAAAUAAUCGAUUUUGAUUACAUCUAACUACAUAUUGAAAUAUAUAUUCAAUGGCAUUAUUUAAUUAACUCAAA